AUGGCAGUUACUAGGGCCAACCAUAUUGAGACACAAGACGUCGUCUCUACGGACAACGUCGCAAAAACGCCACUGCUAUAUCAAGAGCGAGUAAGUAAACGAGCCAUAGCUUCACGAUACAAUGACACGCGUGUCAUGGGUGAUCCAAUGCGAGCCGCGGCACAACGUGUCCGUGCUGUCCGGUUAACAACGCGGAUGCAUCCGGAUAUUUUAAUACCGUAUCUAUACGGUGAACAUGGUGGUCGUAGUAUUAACGGUAUAGUGAAUAGUACCGGUUGUACCAUUGAUUACUGCGCUCUGUCACCAGAUGAAUGUGAACAAGUGUCUCCAUGUCGCAGCUACUUGAUGAAUUUCUUAGUAGCUGCAGAUUCCAGUGAGACAUUAGAGGACGCAACGAGACAAUUGCGGACAUUGGUAGAAAAAGUACAAGUUCAUGUACAGAAAAAGGCAAGUGUUCACAACAACACAACACGACGACGACAGGAGGACCAAAUAUUGGACGAGAGAAAAGACAUGGAGACAAGAAAAGGUCGACAAUCCAAUAAAGUAACAAACAUGGAGAGAAGAAGAGGACAGAGUGGUCCUGUCAAUUGGACCAUUCCUUAUGUGUCCGACAUGGAAGAUACUGGUCGGGAAAUGGAGAGAAUGGAUUUAGAGUCUCGUAGACUAGAGUGGAUUCGUCGUGAACGAUCGAGAUGGAGAAAAGUAAGAGACAUGAAAAUGGAUGAAAAAAAAGAACGAGAUGAUGAGGAAUAA